GCGCGUUCGCGCAGCGGCCCCUCAGGUACGCGGACAAGAUGGCGGCGGUAGCGGGGGACAGCGCUAUGGAGGUGGUGCCGGCGCUGGCCGAGGAGGCCGCGACCGAGGCGGCGGGCCCCAGCUGCCUGGUGCAGCUGCCGGGCGAGGUGCUGGAGUACAUCCUGUGCAGCGGCUCCCUCACGGCGCUCGACAUCGGCCGCGUGUCCAGCACCUGUCGUCGGCUGCGCGAGGUGUGCCAGAGCAGCGGCCAGGUGUGGAAGGAGCAGUUCCGGGUGAGGUGGCCCUCGCUGAUGAAGCACUACAGUCCCACCGACUACGUCAAUUGGUUAGAGGAGUAUAAAGUUCGGCAGAAAGCCGGGUUAGAAGCACGGAAGAUUGUAGCCUCCUUCUCCAAACGGUUCUUUUCAGAACAUGUUCCUUGUAAUGGCUUCAGUGACAUUGAAAACCUUGAGGGGCCGGAGAUCUUCUUUGAGGAUGAGCUGGUGUGCAUCCUAAACAUGGAAGGAAGGAAAGCUUUGACCUGGAAAUACUACGCAAAGAAAAUUCUUUACUACCUUCGGCAGCAGAAAAUCCUGAACAACCUCAAGGCUUUCCUGCAGCAGCCUGAUGAUUAUGAGUCCUAUCUUGAAGGUGCCGUUUACAUCGACCAGUACUGCAACCCUCUCUCCGACAUCAGCCUCAGAGACAUCCAGGCCCAGAUCCACAGCAUCGUGGAGCUUGUGUGCAAAACCCUCCGUGGUAUCAACAGCCGCCACCCCAGCCUGACCUUCAGGGCAGGUGAAUCCUCCAUGAUAAUGGAGAUAGAACUCCAGAGCCAAGUGCUGGAUGCCAUCAACUAUGUCCUAUAUGACCAGCUGAAGUUCAAAGGGAACCGCAUGGACUACUACAACGCCUUGAACCUCUACAUGCACCAGGUGCUGACCCGCAGAACAGGGAUCCCCAUCAGCAUGUCUCUGCUAUACCUGACCAUCGCCCGACAGCUGGGGGUCCCACUGGAGCCUGUCAACUUCCCAAGCCACUUCCUCCUGAGGUGGUGCCAAGGCGCAGAAGGGGCAACCCUGGACAUCUUUGACUACAUCUACAUAGAUGCUUUUGGGAAGGGCAAGCAGCUGACGGUGAAGGAGUGUGAGUACUUGAUUGGCCAGCAUGUGACGGCAGCUCUGUAUGGCGUGGUAAAUGUGAAGAAGGUGCUGCAGCGGAUGGUGGGCAACCUGUUGAGCCUGGGCAAGAGGGAAGGCAUUGACCAGUCCUACCAGCUGCUCAGAGACUCCUUGGACCUGUACCUGGCAAUGUACCCGGAUCAGGUGCAGCUCCUGCUCCUCCAAGCCAGACUCUACUUCCACCUGGGCAUCUGGCCAGAGAAGUCUUUCUGUCUUGUCUUGAAGGUGCUUGACAUCCUCCAGCACAUCCAGACCCUCGACCCUGGGCAGCAUGGGGCGGUGGGCUACCUAGUGCAGCACACACUAGAACACAUUGAGCGCAAGAAGGAGGAGGUAGGCGUGGAGGUGAAGCUGCGCUCUGAGGAGAAGCACAGAGAUGUCUGCUACUCCAUCGGGCUCGUUAUGAAGCACAAGAGGUAUGGCUACAACUGUGUGAUCUAUGGCUGGGACCCCACCUGCAUGAUGGGCCAUGAGUGGAUCCGCAACAUGAACGUGCACAGUCUGCCUCAUGGCCACCAUCAGCCCUUCUACAACGUGCUGGUGGAGGAUGGAUCCUGCAGAUAUGCAGCACAAGAGAACCUGGAAUACAAUGUGGAGCCUCAGGAAAUCUCGCACCCAGACGUGGGGCGCUACUUCUCAGAGUUCACGGGCACACACUACAUCCCAAAUGCAGAGCUGGAGAUCCGGUACCCUGAGGACCUGGAGUUUGUGUAUGAGACGGUGCAGAACAUUUAUAGUGCAAAGGAGGACACGGCAGAGUAGACGCCACACCUUUGCUGCUGCUGCUGCUGCUGCUGCUACUGCCUUCUAGGGGAACAGGAAUCCUGAAGGACGAGUGCCGGUCCCCUGGAGUCAGCACAGGACAGCCACUUCACCAGCAGCCUUGGCUGCCUCCCCAGUUUAGAUGGUGUGUGCUCCUCCGGCCACAGAGACAGCGUUGCUCUCCGCUACACUAGUGAAUCAGUUGAAAGGCACCGUGUCCAGUGGCAUGGCUUGUCUGCUUGUCCCGUGGUGACAGUGUGUGACAUUCUGUCUUCAUGAGGUCUCACCAUCCACACUCUGUUCUUUGAUCCCCUUACCAUCCCUGUCUCCAUUCAAGUUGUGUCAGCGUUUCUCCAGCUGGACAGCCGGGUCCACAUUUCCUGCUCUCUCUGGAACUUGGGCACCCUGCCCCUUUGCCUUGAGUUUGGUUGUAUUCAGAUGAAGGCAUGGAGAUGGGACUCAGAAUGAUUAGAAUUAAUUUUUUUGCUAAUACACGAAACACAGAUUUUAAGUGUUCCUUUUUCCCCCUUUUAAACUGGGGGAAGGAACAGCAGCGUCUCCCUCCCCCCCCCCCCCGCUGGGUUCUGUGCACAUUUCUGCCCAUCGUGAGCUUCCGUCUUAUCCGUUGGUUCUCCGAGCACAUGCACAGCAAUGGCCUUUCCCAGUGAGGGUCUCCACGUUCAUCAGCUGCUCCUGUAAUAUGACUACUCAUUUAAUCUAGGAAUCUGCUCCAGGGUCGUGAGUGGAUCGUAAGUCCAUCAUAGGUCUGUUUCCCUAGUGAGGCCUGCAGACCGGAUGAAACUUAACUCUGAAAACUUGUAGCUCCUGGUCCCCAAAGACCAAUGAUCAGGAAAAUGAACUAGAAGCCUAACACCCCUGUCACCCCUUAUAGUCACAUCCAGGCCCUCCGUGUUGAGAGUGUAGUGCUUAUGGGAAGACGCAUGUGUGCUUUGGGCUUCAAGCUGCCAGUCUGAAGGCUCCAGGACACUGUCUCCAGGAUGAGGUCUAGCCUUGGGUCACCCUGGCUUCUGCCUGAUGCUUUCAGUGAGUGUGAAAGAACGGCCUUUUAGCAGAUCCUAGCAGGGGACCACCUGGUUCUCAGGCAAGCUGUGCUGUAGGUAAUUACCCAUUGGGCCUAUGGCACUUGUGCCCUGCGUUUAAAAUGCCAUUGCUCUAGUGAAUGGGGCUUUGAGGGGCUGCCUGCCUGCCUCGCCUGCCUGCCUUCUGCAUGUGUGUUGUCACAGCACUCUAGAUGACUACCCCUCCUUGACUGCCCUUCACCAGCCCCAGGAGGACAGGGGGAGACCAUUAGGCAGUCUCUAGAAGGACAGGAAGCCUGAGGCUCUUACAGCCAAUGUGGCUCUUGUCCAGCGUCCCUGGAUCACCGGUAAGGACUCAGAGGCGGGUUUGACCUCACAUUUGCAAGCUGGACUACUCAGAGCAGCUGCCUGAGGCUGGAGGAUUUUACAACUAAUUUCAAGGUGAAAAUCAAACCCACACAGAUUCACACUCUUGCAUCCCAUUACUAAGCAGCCACGGAGCAUGCUGGGCGUUCUCAUUGUUGGUUUUCUGCUUUGAUUUCCUUUUUCGUAGAGAAACAUCAAAGCUAAGAAAGAUGGUUUCCCUCCCUGACCUGACUGUAAAUAUGUACCUAGACUGUUUUUAAACGCGUUUCUUCACCAAGGCUUCGUUUGGCUGAGGGAGCCUGUGUCACCCGUGUAAGUUGGUAUUUGGGCACUUUAUAUUUUUCUAAAAAUGUGUUUUGGAUCCUGUACUCUAAUAAAUCAUAAGUUUCUUUUUAAAAAUUUUUCCAAAAGUUUUCUCCAUUUUCAAAAGCCCUGUUAUAAAAAGUAGAACUUUCACAAUGUUAAAAUACUAAAUAUUUGGUUAUAGCAACUUCUAUUCAAAUGAAUGCCAAGGGGUUUUUUGUUUUGUUUUUUUGGUUUCUUUUGUACAAUUAAUAAACUAACUUACCGAGAGAAACCACACUAGUGGCCUGCCCACUUUCAUUCAGUAGCGAGAGAAGAGAAAGCAGGGUCUCUCUCCUGAACAAAGUGGGGAGGGGGGGUAGCUGGCCCUAGUUUUUCUUUUACUGUCUGACGAGUGUCUCACUGAGUGUGGACUUUCUGGGCCCUAGGAACAGCUCAGAGUGUCUGGUAGUUCAGAGGACUCCUUUUGUCUGUGAACUGAGAACUGCAAAUUCAAGGAGGGAAAAUCAGGACAGUGACAUUUAUUGUCACUGUUUGUAUGGUAGCUGCAUGCCACAGCACUCAGGGAUGGUCUACUGUGAACAGUGGGCAGGGGGCUUUUCCAGAGCAGGGGGGCCUUCCACACCUGCAGCCCUGGAUGGAGAGGCCAGACGGGUACAUGUCUUUCUCAGUAGGACCUAGAACUUGCCCAGCACACACACCCACAUCUAUACCACCCCAGGUUCAGUGUCUGCAGGCAUACCCAGCAGUGGCCUCAGAUUUGAGGUGUCCAAGGCUAGUCCAUCUCUGUCACUCCAGUUUACCAUGGCCACCUUACGAGCUUAGAGCACCUUUGUGGACUCAGUUAUGUGUGCCACACCAGUGGCUUCUGCUCUUGUUCAGUGUUUGUCUUUCUUACCUACCACAGUAAGUGGAACCUGGCCAGCAGCGGGUCCCUUUCCUCUGGAGAGAGACAGUCUGUUUGCUCUAGUCCCAACUGGAAGUGGAGGGAAUUGGAUGACCAGAGACUUAAUUUAAAAGCAUCUGUGGCUAUUGUCAUCCAGAUGUGGCCUACACUAUCACACUAUCUUUGUUUCUCUGGCUUUGUUUGGAUAGAAGGAAGGAAUAUGAAUGGGUUCUGAUGGCUAUCAUGGGUGUGCUGGCUUAUGACAGACACUAGAUAAUCCCCUGGCCACAUGGUUGGCAAAACCCAGUCACCAAACACCUCAGCUACACUGGAUGGCAUCUCUUGCUUGUCUUUUGAUUUGAAAGGAGUGAUGGUCGCUCUCCUUCAAGGCUGCUUGCAGGCAGGCUGCUUCUGGGUUCGGGGCGUGUUAGGACAGGGUCCUGCUGUGUAAACCUAGACUGUUUGUGUAGGUGGGUGGAUGGGAAAACCACCGCUGAGCCCAGCCCUUCACAGUCCUGCUGUGGACACAACUACCUCACUGCCUGCUCCCCCAGCAUGUUCUCAGCAUCCGGAAUCCUGGGAGUUCAAGAACGUUCCCUUAUGGAUUAAUAUUCUGUGCAAUUAUAGCAUCAAUGUGCAACAACUGAAUAGUAAUGAUUGUAUCAGGCUAACCCUGCUUCUGUAAUAAAUAGACCCCAAAACAUA